AUUCUUCUAUAUCCGGAUAAACAUGGCGGACCCGAAAUAUGUUAAUCUACCUGGAAUCGUAUGUGUUAAAUUAAGGAUAAAUCUUUAAUUUGUUUUGAUACUUUUGAUAACAAUUUACGGACCUAAUUUUCUUGUUUGUCUUAUUUACAUUUUAAAUAAAUAUUUGCCUAAUUAGGCCUGAUCGAAUAGCCUAACUAAGAAAAGAUGAUGAUUUCUUCCAUCAAUUUGAAUCAAUAUUUAAUGGAAAAUUAAUCUAAUACAUUCAAUAAAUAAAUUAAUAUGAUUGUUGAUUUGAAUCAAUAAUUGUCAAUAUAGUGAAUGAUGCAAUAAUAGUUGCAGAAAUUGAUGAAUGAUAUAUUUUUAUAUUUAAUAGUUAAUUUACUAAGUAAGUAAGUAAGUAAGUAAGUCUUCUAACCAGUAACCUCGACCUCAGAUUAUAAUUAUUUGAUCACUUAAAUUUAAUUUUUGUAGGCCUAUCUGAUCUAUAAGUAUUAGUUAGCAAGAAUAAAUUGUUAGAAUCAGAGUAGACAAGUGACAAGUAGUAAUGACUACUCAGUAGAGAUAGGGCAGGCUUGGCUUAACUAUUGAAGGUAAAUUUUGAGGUAACGUUAUGAUUAUAUAUUAUAUGGGUUUUGCCAAGAGUUUUCUCACCCUAAGCGCAGUGACGUCACAUUGGGGUAUCCCAACACUGGACUUAGGGUGAAUAGAUCUAUUCUUUGAAGGACCCGAAUGAUGUGUUUUAGCAUUCCUGUUCUUUAUUGAGCAUUACUCGCGCCAUGAAUCAUGAACGAUACGAAUGAAGUAUAUUGAAACGAAAUUUUGCAUUAAUUUGUAUUAAAAUUCAACUUACACGUUUCUAAAGAAAGUAAAAAAGAAACACAUCCUUGCUGAUACCCCAAGACCCAACACCGGUGAAAAAAAAGACGCCCGCCAAAAUUGCUGUAUUUUGAUUAGUUGAAAAUACUCGUAUGUUGAAACUUAGGUAACAAAAGUAAGACUACUACUUAAAUUGCAUUUUGAAUGAUCUUCUAGGAACUGGGGAGGGGAGACCUCCCCAGUAUCCCUCCACAAUUUAACAAAAAAUUUAAAGCAAUAAAUAAUAACUUGCAUUAUGUAAAUUCAAACAUUGAAAUCUUUUAGUAUGGCGCUGUAGACGGAAAUGGACCUGGGGUAACCUCCAUGACCUAUAUACCAUGGAACACAUCGUUGGCCUUACCGCUAACUCAAAACCAGCCACUAUUGAAAUUGAUGCGCCUCGCCUAAUGUAUUUUAAAAUUUUAUGCGAUGGGUAUUAGAUUAGUAAGCAGAGCGAAUCCUAGUCAUAUUUUACUAUGGCCUAUAUGGAGUAUGGAUAGAGCGUAAUGCUUCUGUCCACAUAUUAGGAAUGAAUCAUAUAUUGUAGUCUUGUAGUGCCUUAAGCAGUGAUAAAAAAGAAAAUUAUUAUUAAUUAUAAAAAUGGCUGUGGCUAUUAAUGCCUUCAAUAGCUUCUAGAGAGCUAUUACUAUCGGUACUCCACUACCAGUAGCUUCUAGGAAGCAAUUGAAGUGGUAGUUUACUAUAAAAAAAGACCAUUUGGUGAUAUAUUGAUGUAGUGCAGUAUUGUCUAAGACCACGGCAUACUGCUCCAGCGUCUGCAACAAACGUUCGGCCUCACUGAUACCGUCCUGUGUUGGUUCCGAUCGUAUCUGACUAAUCGGGUCCAGUCAGUUAUUUCAAACGGCUUGACCUCGAAGAAAUCUAAUAUCGAAUUCGGAGUACCCCAGGGCUCGGUCCUAGGCCCAGUGCUUUUCACGAUAUACAUGCAGCCCCUGGGUGCAGAGAUCAGGCAGUUUGACAUGUUGUAUCACAUGUACGUGGACGAUACACAACUUCAUCAAUCCCUGAUUCCUUCUCAGUUCCCUCAGCUGCUCAGUAUGACACAGAAGACAAUGGGAAAACACUUCUGAGAGAGUUGCACUGGCUGCCGGUGCGUGUUCGCAUAGAGUACAAAAUCGCAACUUUGUGCUGACGCCUUAUGUACCCACUAGAGAGCUCCGCUCAUCCGAUAGAGGCAAACUCUCGACACCACGUGUUUGCCUUGAGACUUACGGAAAGCGCAUUCGCAUUUGCUGGUCCAACAAUUUGGAACGCCCUUCCUGUCGAUCUCAGAAACAACCAGACACUGGAGUCCUUUAAAACCGAUUUAAAGACACAUCUAUUUCGCAAACACCUUCUGGGAUGAUUGUCAACCUUAUUUCCCAGUCAAUGCAUAAUGGCUGUGUUGCUUAUGGUUGAAAUGGCUAGAAAGGCUUUGCCAUUGUAUGCUUGUAUUUAGAUUUUGUAGGGUUGCGUUUGUUUUAAAUGUGGUAAAUUAUAGAUUUGUUUUUUGUUGACUUUGUACCGCGCUUCGAGCCUUUGGGGAUGAAGCGUGUUUUUGAAAUGACCUUUAGUAUUAUUAUUAUUAUUGGUAAUCACUAUUUUUUUAAUGACAUCACUGAAAUCACUCUUAAGUAUGUACAUUGACAAAAACACGUUUGCCGACCAAAUUUAUUUUUUGUGUCUAGUCUCAUAAAUUCACUCCAACUCAGAUUUUCAAGACAUGAUACAAUUAUUUUUCUUUAUUUUUAUAUAAUUUAUUGUAUGUGUCACGGGUUAUGUUUUCAUCGGAUUCUAUGCAGUUUAAAACAUUGAUUCUGCAUAGCAUUAAAAAAAUAAAUAAAUAGUGAUCCCUAGACGUUAAAUUAAUUUUUAUUAUAUAUGAACAAUAUGCCGAAUGAUAUUAUUUAAUUGUACCCGAUAUAUACAAAUUUUGAUGCCUUUAUGAGUUAACGAGGGCUCAGUUGUGUAAAUAUCGUAUUUAUUGGCGUAUAACACGCACCAUUCGCGCCGCUAUGCGGUAUGUACUAUGGGUCCUUAACAUUAUAUCGGCGUAUAACACGCACACAUCAUUUGCCCCCUAUUUUCAGGGAGAAAAAGUGCAUGUUUUACGCUGAUAAAUACGGUAAUACUCAAUAGUCCUAAGUCCUAACUCCCAACGUAACCAUGUUCCUAACCAAAGAUAGGCCUAAUCACAUUAAUAUUCAUUACAGUUUCAUUUAACUAAAGUAACUAGAUUUUUUUCAUAUGUAGACUUUGUAUGCAGUAAAACUAUACUAUGGUAAUUAUAGGCAUAUUUAGACCUAAUUUUAAUCAUAAUAAUUAGCACAAAAUUUUUACAGCUGGAUUUUAUUGUUAGGGUACUUCACAUAUUACUUCGGCCUUGGCAAAAAAGAAGCUGGGUUACAUUUUUUCAGACUAUGAUCCCCUUGCUCCCAGUAUCAUACAUCUAUUUAUAUUAGGUCUAUAUUAAAAUUAUGUAGCAAUAAAGCCAAAUCUGAACACGAGGAAGACUAAAGCAGACAGUGUUUAAUCAGUACUGUAGAUUUUAUAAUUAGUGCAGAGUUGUUGUCACUAGUACGAACUAGUAAUAAAUGAAUGGGGCAAUAAUUUGCCAGCAUCAUUGAAAGCACGGUUUUCAACCGUGUACUACUUAACAGGAUGAAAAACGCUGUAGACCCUCUGUUGCGGGACGAACAAGCCGGCUUUCGCACCAACAGAUAGCGACACUGCGCAUCAUUCUAGAGCAGUCACUAGAGUGGAACUCGCCGCUCUAUGUCAACUUUGUUGACUAUGAAAAAGCCUUCGACAGUGUUGACAGGCAAACCCUGUGGAGAUUGCUAAGGCAUUACGGGGUGCCACAGAAGAUUACUGAUAUAAUCAGAAACAUGUACGAAGGGAUAAACUGCUGAGUUAUCCAUGGCCAGCAGUUGACAGAUGCUUUCCAGGUGAAGACUGGUGUGAGACAAGGUUGCUUGCUGUCACCAUUCCUCUUCCUGUUAGCCAUUGACUGGGUGAUGAAAACAUCUACACAGCAGAAAAGGAAUGGCAUCCAAUGGACCUUGUGGGAUCAACUGGAUGAUCUUGACUUUGCUGAUGAUCUUGCACUUCUUGCACAUACCCAACAACAGAUGCAGGAGAAAACAAACAUUGUCGCAGCCACUUCUGCUAGCAUGGGUCUCAACAUUCACAAAGGGAAGAGUAAAAUCCUCAAGGUUAAUGCCACCAGUACAUCACCCAUUAUGCUUGAAGGAGAAGCCCUUGAGGAGGUGGACAGUUUUGUUUACCUUGGCAGCAUGGUAGAUAAACAAGGUGGUACAGAUGCGGACGUCAAAAUAAGGAUAGGAAAAGCAAGAGCAGCCUUCCAACAACUCAAGAAUGUUUGGGUCUCUAACAACUUAGGCAGCAAGUUAAAAGUAAGGAUUUUUAACGCUAUGGUAAAACCUGUGCUGCUAUAUGGAGCCGAGACAUGGAGAACAACGGCCGUAAACCUGACCAGAAUCCAGUCCUUCAUCAACAACUGUCUAAGAAGGAUUCUCAGAAUUCACUGGCCAGACAAAAUCAGCAACCAGGAACUGUGGCAGCGGACAAAACAGAAGCCCAUUGAGGAAGAGAUUCUCCAGAAGCGGUGGAGGUGGAUUGGUCAUACACUAAGAAAACCUGCUUCUAACACAACAAAGCAAGCCCUGAAAUGGAACCCACAGGGUAAGCGGAAAAGAGGCCGUCCAAGAAACACUUGGCGCCGAGAAUUGGAGACAGACAUCAAGAAAAUUGGCCAUGAAUGGAAGAUCCUGGAGAAACUGGCCCAGGAUAGAGAUGCCUGGAGGUCUCUCGUAGGUGGCCUAUGCCCUUGGAGGAACCGCAGACGCCGACGAUGAUCGGUGGAUGCCCCUCAUGGACGAGAAGGCUUCAACAAUCAUUGAAAGCAAGUUUUUAAAGCUCCGAUUUUGAAUUGAUUUGAUUGGCUGGACUACGAAUAGCUCUUGAGAAGCUUUCAUUUUCAUAUAAAUUAUACAGUUCAAUAAUAAUCAAACAUUAACUAGCUUUAAUCAUUUUUGAGCUAUUUGUACCUGGGUCCCUUCAGACUAAAUGCGAUUUGUAUGUCUUUUGUGAUAAUUUAUUCAAGUUAAACUGAAGAAGUAAGUUUACAAACAUAUCCAUCCAUCCCUGUGGCGCUACAGCCCAUGUAGGGCUAUGGCCUGCCUCACCACUUCCUUCCACUCAGACCUAACUUAUGCCUUUCUUUUCCAUGCUUGGACUUUCAGCUGCUGUAGAUAUUUUUCUACAUCAUCUAUCCACCUAAGCCUUGGUCUGCCUUUGAGCCUUUUUCCUCUGGGGUAUUGGUGAUGUACCCUCUUCGUUCCUCUGUCAUUUGGCAUUCUCUCUAGGUGUCCUGCCCAGCGUAGCCUGCCUCUUUUUAUUUAUUUAUUUAUUUAUUUAGGCAUUUUUAUAUAGCGCUUAUCAUAAAGCUCUAAGCGCUUUACAAUUAUUAAAACAUGUUAAGUAAGUAAAUACAAAUGAGACACUAGGAUAGUAACUACUAUUCUAUAACGAGGACACUUUGACACUUCAGGAUCAACCCGAAACAGAAAAUGAGGUAGGGCAAGGGGGAUGCAUCACAGGUCAUAGGCGGACCUAAACAGAUGAGUUUUAAGGGACUUUUUGAAAAUGGACGAGGUUUCACUAUGACGUAUAUGGAAGGGGAGCUGGUUCCAGAACGUGGGCCCAUGGAAGCAGAAGGAGCGUUCAACGAUGGUCUUAGUUUUAGUUCUUGGGAUUGAGAGGGUUCUACUGUCAAUGGAAGAACAUAGUUGUCUUGUGGGGAUGUAAGGAAGCAACAGUUCAGAGAGAUAGACAGGAAAGUGAGGGUCAGUGAACGAGUUGAAGCAAAGAUUGGCAGACUUGUAUUUGAUGCGAGAGGAUAUUGGAAGCCAGUAUCUUUGAUUUAAAAAUGAGUCUGCAUGCUGAGUUCUGUGCCUUCUGAAGUUUUUCUAUGUGGUGUUGAGGAAUGCCUGAGAGAAGAAUGUUACAGUAGUCAAAUUUUGAAAGAAUGAGUGAAGAGACGAGAGUUUUUGUGGCAUCAAAGGAGAGGAGGUGUCUAAUGGUGCUGAUUUUUCUAAUUUCAUUAUAUGCUGAUCUGCAUAUAUUCGUGACAUGUUUCUCCAUGGAGAGGGUGUCCGUAAGCGUGACUCCAAGGUUUCUGGCAGAGGGAGAGAGUGUAAUGUCAGAGUUGCCAAUAGAUAUAGAAGAAGGAGCGAAUGGAGGGAGAGGUUUGUUUUGAGAGUGGAUGAGAAGGAUUUCCGUUUUAUCAUCAUUUAGCUUCAGUUUGUUGCAAGUCAUCCAUUGCUUUACAUCGUCCACGCACUCCUGUAUGCGAAGGAUUGUGGCAUCAAGUUGAUCAGGAAAGCAAGAGUCACUGAUUUGAGUGUCAUCAGCAAAGGAUUGACUGGAAACUGAGUGGUGGCUAAUGAGAGAUGAUAGAGGUUUAGUGUAGAGGAUGAAAAGGACCGGCCCAAGGACCGAUCCUUGAGGAACUCCAAUAGACAGGGCUGAAGGUUUGGAAGAGCGGUUGGAAAUAGAGACUUUUUGAGUUCUGUCAGAAAGAUAUGAUUGAAACCAGUUUAAAGCUGAGCCAGUAAGUCCGAAAGAAAGAUGAAGGCGGUCAAGAAGAAUCUGGUGGUCAAUGGUAUCAAAUGCAGCAGAGAGAUCUAACAGAGUGAGAAUAGAGAGUUUGCCAUCGUCCAUCGCGCGCAGGAGGUCACUCAUGACUCGGACCAGUGCUGUUUCUGUGCUAUGACCAAGUCGGUAGGCGGACUGAGAGGAAGGAUAGAGAUUGCGAGAAUGAAGAUAGCCAGAGAGCUGAGAGAGUAUGAGUUUUUCUAUGAUUUUUGAGAGAAAGGAGAGGUUGCUGACGGGGCGGUAAUUCUUGAGUGUGUUUGGAUCAAGUGAGGGUUUCUUUAGGAGGGGCAGGACAAUCGACCGUUUAAAAAUGGGAGGGAAUAUGCCAGAGAGAAUCGAAGAAUUUAUGAUGGAGGUGAGUGCUGGGAGGAGGACGUCAAGGCAUUCUACAAGCAGUGGGACGGGGAUAGGAUCGAGGGCACAAGACUUGGGAGCAGACCUGAUGAUGACUCGCCUCACCUCAUCCUCAGUCACAGGCAGAAAACUAUCAAAUGAUUCUGUCUGACUAACGUCCUCCGAGAACGGUGAGGAAGGUGUAGGGGUCGCGCUGUCUAGCUCCUCCCUGAUCAUUUGCACCCUGGUGAUGAAAAAGUCCGCAAAGGCGUCAGGGAGUUGCUCUGGUGCAAUGUCGGUAGGGAGGGUGAAAUUCUUGCUGUUGCCCAGGAGACGGUUACUAGCGCUGAACAACGCCUUGGUUGAUGCACAUGAUUCGACCUUUGAGCUCCAGUAGUCAUCCUUUGCCCUCUGUACAAUCUCUGCCACCGCAUCUUUCGCUGUCCAAAAGAUCUGUCUGUCGACACUCAGUCCAGUCUUUACCCAGCGUCUUUCUGCCACUAUCAUGGGAUCCUGAUAUAGACUGUAUAACUCCUGGUUGGUUCUUAUUCACCAUCCAUAUUCAUCCUUUGCUGGCCCAUAUAUUUUCCUGAGAACUUUCCUCUCCCAUGUCUUUAAUAGGUUUUCUGCUGUUUUUGUUAGGGUCCAAGUUUCACUUGCAUAUGUUACAACUGGUCUGAUCACAGUUUUAUAAAUAGUUUUUUUUGUUUAUCUUGUAAUUUUUUACUUUUGAGUAUUUUCUGACUACUGAAGUAUGCUCUGUUUCCGGCUGAUAUCCUUUCUUUUAUUUCUGUUAGUAAUUCGUUUCUUUCAUUUAACAAGGAUCCUAGGUAUUUGAAUUGAUUUACUUUUUCAAAAGUUUGGUUUCUAAUUUUAAUUGUUUCAUCUGUUUGUUCCUCUCUUAUCAUGGUCAUGUAUUUUGUUUUUUGGUUGUUAACUUCCAGCCCUGCUUGUAAAGAUGCGUCUUCUAAUUCAAUAAAGGAUUUUGAUAUGUCUUUUAUACUUUUCCCUAGAAGUGCUAUGUCAUCAGCAUAUGCAAGAUACUGAAGUGGUUGGUUGUAGAGUGUGCCCGUUGGUUGUGGGUCUUGAGUUUCCCUCAGAAAGUAUCCUGUUAUCGUUCCUCGAGUGUCAAUGUGUAUGUUUCUAAUAACUCUCUCUAAUGUUAGGUUAAAGAGCAUACAAGACAGUGAGUCUCCCUGUCUUAGGCCUCGUCUAAUAUGAAAUUCCCUUGAAUAUUCUCCUUGAAUCUUGAUUUUGCUUUUUGAGUUGUUUAGUGUUACAUAAAAUUAGCCUUGUCAGUUUGUUAGGUAUCCCAAACUCCUGCAGAGUGUCAUAUAAAUAGUUUCUUUUGAUGCUGUCAUAGGCCAUUUUAUAGUCUACAUAGAGUUGAUGUACUGGUAUAUUAUAUUCAUAGCAUUUCUCUAAUAGGCAUUUGAUGGUGAAAAUCUGAUCAGUCGUUGAUCUUUUAGGUCUGAAUUCACAUUGGUAAUCACCAAGUAUUUCUUCAAUGUAAGGUUGUAAGUCUUUUUACAAACAUAUAAUCCAUUCAAUUAUCUUUCAUUUGAAACCAAAUUUUGCCUACAAACCCAGCAAUAAUAUUUUAAAUAGUUUUAAUCCCAACCUCUCACUUCCGGGUCCAAAUUGCCACUUUGAGCUUAAAAAUGACAACUAAUAACUAUUAAUGUUUCAGUUGUAUGGCCUGCGCCAGAAAAUUCUAUUGAUUGUAGCUUCACAUAAUACUGCAUAGAUUGUAUUGUAAAUGUCACCUUAAAAUUUGAGCCCUCUGUCUUUAAUACUUAUUAAUAGCAAAUAAAAACUAAAAACAAAAUAGUUCAGAUGAAUAAUAAUUUGAUCACAGUUUUCAGAAUUAAAAACAAAGCCAAACAGUGGGGGAAAUAAAUUACUGAAAUUUCAUCUAAAUGAUGGAGUGAUAAUCUUGUUGUCUUUGGAAAGCUGAAAGCCAGCCCUUUCCAAUGAUUAUGCUGUUUGUGUAUCAGAUGUAUUUGAAAAUUUGAGUACUCAACAGGGUCGGUUUAGUACCCCUCAGACACUGUCAGGUGGUCGACUGUAGUUUGAGAAAAAUAUAUGAAUUCCUAUGCACACUACACAUAUCUUAUUUAAAGUUAAAAAACGGGUUAAAAAAUACAAUAUUUAAAGAUAAACUUAAUGGGAAGUAUGGACCUGCUUUGGUAAUUGAGAUGAUAAAUAAUCGGUUCAAUAUUUGUAGCUGCUACCCAUAUACCUUAUAGCUAACCAGUCAAGCCAGGUUUAGAACCCCUGGUGGGCCAGAUCUGGAGGACCCCUGCUCUAAACUAAGAGGCAGUACAACCUUUAAAUUAUUUUAAAAAUUGUAGCCUACUAUCAAGGCAAAAACUAUCAUUUAUUUAGUCCCAGCUAUCUUUUGUCAUUUACUGGGACCAGAGUUGUCACGCACCAAUAUAUGGCUUUGCAAAUUUAAUCAGUUCUAAGACUUGGUUUGUUUGUUGCACAAUACGUAACAAAGGACUGUUUAGUAAUUCAGAAAAAAUGUUUCUUAGCUGGGAAAACUGCCAGCUUAUUUAUAGGGAGGGUGUUAGAACCCCAGAAAAGACAUACUAGAAAUUGCAUCACCCAAUAACAUUCUUAAGAAAAAUUUAGAAUGUAUUCAAACAUAAACAAACCUUUUCCCAAUCAAGUGAGGGUGGGGUUGUUACAGAGCUACACAUUUAAUCGGUGAGAUCAAUAUUAAAAAAAGGUGUAGACAAGCGGUGGUCGCCACAACACUAUGUUGAAGUAAAAUUAGGUCAACACACAUGCUAUAAAAGUGUCAUCGCAUGACUUUUGCAGUCUCAUUGCUACUUUUCAGUUUUGACUUAAUUGUGCCCCAUAUAUUCAAGUUUUACAAUUUACAUUUUUUUCAACAUCCCAUCUUUUGAUCCUUUACACAUCCAAGGCCCCCUGGGGCCACAGGGGUUACAGGGUCCAUGUGACCACUCUGAAAGUGACAUUUGUGGUCUAUACAGAAAGCUCUUCUGUCAUUGAGGCGUUUAAAAAAAUGUUCAAAUUGUGUUGAUACGGUAGUAUUAAUCACGAACAAAUUAAUUUAUUUCCAAUUCUUAUCAAACUUGACUAUAAAAAUAAUAUUUUACUAAAUAAUUAUCGGAAUACGCUUUCAUUUUGUUCAUCCAACUGACAAUGAUAUUUAUUGUUGCCAUUGAAGUGGAGCUGGCAAUUUUUAUUAAAAACACUCAAAUAUGAUCACUGUUUAUUUACCUUAAAUUAACAGCACUAAAAUAUAUUUCCCUUUCGAGUGAUCUCAAGUAAAUCUUUUAAUUUGAAAUUUACAACCAUCUCUAAUUCCAAAAAGAAAUUCUGUGUUAAUUUUGAAACACAAAACUGCACUACCUACUUUAUUAUUAUUGGCUAUUCGUUACAGUAUUGAUCACAUACACAAAUUAGGACUAUAGAAGGUCUAUAAUUCAAUGAUUAUUUUUGCCUACAAAUUGGCUUAUUUUAUUUAAAUUUUAUGUACCCGGUAUUUUAAAAAAAUGGAAACAUAGCUGUAUAAAAUUGCAGUCUUUUGUUGGUUUUACAUCCGCUUUUAUCUUAAUUUAAUUUUUAGGAUAUAAACUCACCAGAUGUUUUUGAAUCAAGUGAUCUGCCUGAAGCUGAACAGAAUUUUGCCCCUCAGACAGUAAGUAAUGAGACCACCCUGCCAAUGUUAUUUUUGCUUGCUAUUAAAACAGGGCAUUUUGAUAGACAUUUAUAUGAUGUUUUUAAAUGAAAAUAUCGGAAUUAGGCUUCAAAUUAGGCUUAGAAAUAAUGUUUUUCCUGUUUGUUACAGGAGGAAUUUGAGAGUGAUAAUGUUGAACGUGUGAACAUUAAUACUGAUGCUGCCUUUAAAGCUUUUAAAGGAAAAUCAGUUGCAACUGGAACCCUAGGUAAAAUUAAAUUUUAUUUACCUUUCUUUUUACUUCUACAAGGUAAAAUUUUAAAUUCGUUGCUCUGUCUUUAAAUGCAAAUUCUUUUCUUCCCAAUAAUCAUUUAGUCCAUAAAUGCUUCUUUUAACACAGACUUUUCAGAUAGUAUUGGAAAAUCAAGAAGAAUUGGAUAUUUUACGGAUAGAACUGAAUAUGAACUGGUAAGAAUAAAUUAUGUACUUUGAAUAUCAGUUGAUAUAGUUUAUAUUUAGUUGGUUUUUUUUUGAACAUUAAAAUGUUAACUUUUUGUUUUCUGCUAAAUUAAAUACAGACCUUUACUUCUUAACAUUGUAGUUGUUAACUACAAUUUUAAUACGAUAAUAAAUUGAAAAUAACCUAAAAUGAUAAUUAUAUAUAAAUCAGUAAUAAAAAUCAAAUAUUUUCUAGUUCUACAAGUAUACAAAAAUAUAUUUGUGAUAGUUAAUUUAGAAAUAAAUUUAGGAUACAUUUACACUUUUUUCCUGUAAAUAAAUUGCAUUUUAAUAUCAAUCAUGCAUAAUUAGCUCCAUUUAGAAAAUAAUGAUUUUAAAAAAAAAUUAUCAAAUAUAAUAAAGUAUAAACAUGUUUAUAUAGUUCCAUAACUAUUUAAAAAAUGAUUGAAAAAUUACAGAAGUGUAGUUUGAGCAAAUCAUUUUUAUUGUAAAGUAGUUUGAGCAAAUCAUUUUUAUUGUUAAGUGCCAACUAUAUUUCAUAUUACUGCAGACCAUAAAUGACAGUAUGCUUUUUUUGUUCAAUAUUUUAGGGAGAAGGAGAGAGUAAGCAAGAAACUCUUCAACAAAAGUUUCAAAGAAUACAGCAUGAGCUAAGGGAACUGGCAGAUGAAGUUGGGAAAAUUAAGGUUCAAGUGUUGUUCUAGUUUAUUUAAUUUCUGGGAACAAAGUAACUUCCCUCAGUAUUGGUUUAUUGUGAAUUGUAUAAGUUUAAAUAUCCUUUAUGAUUUAUAGAUUGAAUUGAUAUUAAUUUACUUUGUGACUUAAAUUACAAGCACCUUUCUUACACCAUCUGUUGUUUUACUCCAUUCAUGUCUAUUUUCUCCAGGAAAAUGUUAAGGAAGCAGGCUCAGGUGAAGGUUUAUCACCUGUUGAUCUAGGAAAGCAACUAGAAUAUCUUCAGCAUCAACUUGCAGAUCUUCAUUUAGAGAAACUCUUGGGUCCAGAGGCUCAUGUAGACCUGUCUGAUCCCCAGGGGGCCUUAAAGAAGUAAGCCUAAGAAGUAACAUACAUUUUCAUGAAAUUUAAUUAUUUUUUUUCAUUUACAGGUCAUGAAACUUGAAAAAUAGGAUUUUUUAUUUUACUUUAUAUUCCAAGAGAUAAAACUUACCCAUAAAUUAACUUUGUAUAUUUUAUAGGUGAGAAAGACUAACAGUUUUUCAGGCCUUUUAAGGGCAAAUAUUUGAGGAUAAAUAUUUUAAAUAAAGAUUAUAUUUCUCCAUAGGAGACUUUUAACCCAAAUAGAGAGCUUUAAGCCAGGAAGUGAUGUAAAAGGAAAAGAGAAAGAGCCAGUUGGCAGCAAGGAUAAAGACUGUGUAUUGUAUGAGCUUUACUACAGACCAGAACAAUCACAGUUUAGUAAAAAUGCAAAGGUAUUGAUUUAUUUUUGCUUCAACAGUUAAUUUGCUGCACCUAAUCAAUCGUUGUUUUAUUUAUUGAAACUGUUUAAAGAUCACAUUAUAAGUUAUGCAUUUAGAUUAAGAAAAAAAGUUUAAGACACCCCAUUCAAAUAUUUCGCUUAGCUUUCAGUUUAAAAAAAUAAUUUUCAGUUAUCAUGUCACCCUUUUUUUUUUUAUGCAUAUUUUUUAUUUUCUUAUAUUUUAACCAUCCUUUUGAAAUCAUUUUAAACCAUUAAAAUUAUGCCUUAAUUACAGCUUGCCACUCUUGAGGAAAGAUUAGAGAGGCUGGAAAAUGUGAUAGGCAGGAGUUUUGAUAAAAUGGUAAAGCUCUUGUUUGAGCCAAAAAAUAGGAUAAAAUGUUGGUAACAAAUGCAUUGUAAUAUCCGUGACAAUUUACUUAACAAUAUUUGAUUUAUUAUUUGCAAGUAGGAAUAACAUAUUGAUACCAGUAGCAACCAACUUAAAAAAUUUUGAAAAUAUAGUCUGUCUCAUAUAAGUACGAUGUAGUUAUUGGUACUACAUUUUAUUAAGUUAUCUUUUUUUCAUUUCAGAAUGUACUCACUGCCGACAGUGAAAACAAAUCCUUAAUUGUGAGUAUUUGUUUUCUUCACUUUUAAAGUAAUUUAAUAAAAGUUAAAUAUUAAAAAAUAUAUUCCUUUUUUAAAUGCCAGAAAGUUCUAUUAAUAAAGUACAUUAUUUUGAAUAAUAUAUCAGGAACACUGCGUACAAGCCGUGUGAAGUAAAUAAAUAGUCAAACAAGAUAUCUUUAGGCUUGAGAAGAAAAGACAGAACAAUUAAAAGGGUCUUCGUUAUGAAAACAAUACAUAUAAAGAAAUAACAGCUCAAUAUAAAUUAAAAUAAACCUAUGAGUUCGAAAAUCUCAAUAAAGUCUUGAACUAGAAACGCUUCUAAAUAUUUAGCUACAUUGACUUUGAAAUUUUCACUCUUCAUGCAUAUAUUUUUUUAAUUUUCUUAAAAUGAAUUGGAAAUAUUGCUUAAAAAACACAUAUAAAAUUAAUAACUAUUUCUUUUUAAAAAUAAUUUGCACAGCCAAUUGGUUGUGCUUUUGUCAACUUAUCCACCAUCUUGACAAUACUUUCAAAUGUCUGAUACAUGAUGACGUCUCAACUAAGGAAAAUAUUUGUUGUCUUUUUUUUUGUGCACACAGGGAGCUGUGGCAACAUUGAAUUCCAAACUCUCCUUGCUAGAUGCCUCAAAUACUGAGACAGUGGAGGCAAGACUCAAUGCUGUGCUGCAAAAGAUGCAGCAAAUAGCAGAGAAAAAAGAGAAGGAACCACAAGCUGAUCCUGAUAAACAAAAAAGGGUGAGUUUUCAGAUAAUUGCAUCUUUUUAUUCUGUUAUCUAAUUUGUAAGGGUGUCUACUGAGGUGGUGAAAUAAUCUCAGUGAUAAAUUUUAUGUGUGGAAGGACCAAAAAGUUUGUUCUGAGUUCAUUGUGGAAUAGCUAGAGACUGUGAUGCCCAGGACACUCCUUGACUCGGUCACCCCUAAUUCACAAAAUAUUUUUAAAAAUAAGCAGUUUUAUGUAUUUUUAAUGUCCACAUGGAAAAAAGUAAAAGGGUAAUAAGGGGAGAGACUGCAAUCAGGUUAGCACAAUAUAAAAUGAGUAAAACAAAGUGGCACUAAUCAUUUGCUGCCCACAGAUAUUACCCCUAAGCCAAGUGCAAUUUUUUAUUUCUAUACUCUUUUUUUCUGUUGUUUUGUUCGCUGACAAAGGCUUCCUGCUGACAAGUGUCUGGGUGUAUUAAUGUGAAAUGAAAAAUUUAUAAUUAAUAUUAUUAUAUUUUAUUUACAGACAUUCUAUUAAAACAUUUGUUUGAACUCUUAGAUAUCAGAACUUUAUGACAUUGUGAAGAAAUGGGAAGGAACUGCUGAAACUUUACCACAAGUUGUGGACAGACUGAUUUCCCUCAAAGAACUUCAUGAACAAGGUUUGGAAACUUUAGUUAGUUAUAAAAAUAACACUACAAAAGUAUCUUUGAAAGUUUUUAUUCCUUACCUAGCAGUUAUAUUUAUUCUUUGAUGAUAAAAACCUGUUUCUAAUGACACCCACAGCACUGCAAUUCAGCCAAGCCCUAUCAUAUUUAGACACAGCCCAACAGGAGCUUAAGGCAAGCAUCACCGCACAUAGUGACAUGCAGAAACAGGUAAGUGAUGGAAACUUUUUUGUUUUUGAAUUGUAUGAUGCCAAUGAUAGCUUGAAUAUGCUUUUCUGUUAUAAUUGCUAUGAAUCCUAAUCAAGUACAAUAUAUCAUCUCUUAUGUAUAUAUUACCAGACAUGUUUACCCUCAAACUCUUAAAAUCGUACAAUAUCAUCACAAAAUUGUUCAUUACAUUAUCAUAGUAGUAAAAAUAAACAUACAGUAUAUAUAACGUAUACACCUCAAAAUCGUACAUUGUACGCCAAAAUCGUAAGAGUAAACAGGUCUGUAUUAUUCUUCUGGUGUGACUGUGGACUGCUUCCUAAUGGACUGCUUGCUAAUCAGCGAAUUUGGUGUUGAGAGUAUAUUACAAAUUACUCUAAAUGUUUGAAAGAAAGUAUGAGUUCAAUAGCGCAUAAAUUAUAAUUCCUGUUAACUACUCUAAAUCAUUUUUUUAAUGUAUAUAACGCAACUGCUAUGGGCGCGUAACAUUUUCUUUUCACAAAAUGAAAUCGUCUGAAUUUAAACACGGUGUAAAAAUAUUCACUUUAAAAGUGGUUGGGACAUCAGAAUAUUUAAUAUAGUUCAUGGGCGUGAAAUAAAAAGUGUUCAAUGAUGUAUCUUGGAGGGAAGGGGUGUAGCAAAAAUUAGGAUUCUUAAAUGUGCGUUACUUGAGUUCAUGUUUUGUCAAGUGACUUUAGUAGCUGGGAAGUUAACGCAUUGCUUUCGCCAUUGUUUUGUGGGCUAUAACUAGUGAUUUGAAUAUUACUGCAGACAUAAAUGUUUAAACAUAGUUUUGAGUUUCCAAAACUUUUAAGUAUCCAGAAUGUUUCACAUUUCUUCACUGUUGGUGGUAGCCAAAAGGUAUAUAUUAACAAGGAAGUCUCAGUAAUGAACUUGUGCAUAGAUUUUCUUAAUUAUAGCUAAAAUAAAUAUCAAGAAGGUUUAGCAAUUAAUGAAGAAUGGCCAACAACCUGUGUAUCACUCUUAUAAGUGUUCUCACAAUCUACGCUUUUUUCCACAGCUAGAAACAAGCCUUGAGGAGAACAAUAAAAUAGUACGCCAGAAUGUGGAAAGCAUUGGCAAACGCCUUGACAGUAUCAAGAAGUCCUAAAUAUAAAAGUCUUGUUUUCCCAAAAUCAUUAGUCUCUUAUUUCUAAAUAUAAAAGUCUCGUUUUCCCCAAAUCAUUAGUCUCCAUUAUUUAAAUGUAGUUAAUUUAUUUAUUUUAAUAAAACAAAAAUCUUUAUGCAUUUUUUGGUUUGUUCUGUUGAAAAUAGGAUUAGAUAUUUCAAGCUUUCUACUUUUAUUAUAAAUUAAAUGGGUAUUUACUUGGAAGGACUGGUUACUUAUCAUAUAAUAAAUUGUUCGCAAUUUAUAGGACUUAAAAAACAAAAUGUUUUAUCUUAUAUUAUAUAUAUGCUAUAUGAUGAGCUAAUUGAUUAUUUUUGUUCUUAAACCUCACAUAGUUCAAUAACAAUUUUAAAAAAACACGGUUGUUUGAACAAAAUAUGCAUUAUAUUUGUAGCAAAUUUAUGCUGCUAUCGUCUUGUGCAAUUCUUUUUGUGCUUUUGUCUUAUGUGUUAUUGUAGGAAAUAUUUGUAUUUAAAUUUAAUAUGUAAAAACUAGUCGCACUACAUAUUGAUUUAUUGCAAAGGCUUUUUCCACUGUAGCAAUAAUUUAAACAAUUAAAAAUAAAUUAAAACAGAUUAUAAGAGAUAGUUAUUAUUUACUGAAUUUAUUGUCAUAGGUUUUUGAAUUUUUUUCUCCAAAUCUAUAGAUAUUUGUAAAUCAAUUAAAAAAGAUUAUAUUUACAUUUAAAUUUUAAGCAUACAUGAACUGUUUUGUCAACUUGACCAUGUUGUACUUCAUGAAACAUUUAUAAGUUCUCUUAAACUUAAAUUCAGAACAUUGAUUUGUUUAAAAUGAAAACCUUUUUUAAGGUAUUAUUAAGGAAACAUGUACUGGUACUUAACCCUCUUGAGACGAAGCCUUUUUGGACUAAUCUUUGUCAAAGAGACUGAACCUUUUUCACAAGCCCAGUACUUUCUUCGCAAAAAAAAAAUGUACAAAAAAUAAAAUAAUUACUUUACAAAUAUAAAUCUAUUUAUAUUAUCUGAGGAAAAGGACAAAUAAAUGGAAUCAAAUGGAAAUCUCAAAAUUUAUACAAAUGUGAUGUCAUGAUCUUAAAAUUUAUACAUGCAAUUUUUGUUACUCUGUCUAACUUGUAGAAUUUUGGGGCAUUGUCCAAGUAUUGAAGUUGAAGCAUAAAUAAGUCCUAACAAACAUUUGAAUGAGAUUCAAUGUGGAAAAACUGCAUAAAAAAUUCCACUGCGAGUGCUUAUGCUGAAUAGCACAUGCCUAGGACAUAUUUUUAAAGCAUGAGUCACAUCUGUAAAUAGAAGCCACCAUUUAAAUAAGAUGAGCAAGAAAUAGAGAAGCAAUCUGAUUAGCUGGUAGGAAGACCAGCCAGCCAAUCUUGAGGCUUGUAUUAUUGGCUUCAUAUUUUUCAAAUUGAUUCCAGUCGUUUCAAGAGGGUUACAAUAAUAAUAACAAUGAGAUCAAAUAUCUUCUUUUUUUUUUUUUUUUUUAAAGAGUGCUGUACAUGAAAUUUUCUUUAAAUUUUAAUUAUGAUUCUUCUUACUUUAUUUUUUUCUUUUUAGUAAAUUUCAUCCAUGUGGAAUAUUGUUUAGGUCAAAGUAAUAUGUUGUGGUCCCGUUAUCAGCAUUGUGUUAAAAACAGUGUAUAGCCUGUAUUGAAACAUUACUUGACUUGUCAGGCUGUGUCUAAUUUUUGUGUUUACUGCUAUACAUGAGAGAAAUGGGAUUUCCUUUCUGAUAUUUGCUUAAAACCUCAUUAUUUAAAUCAUUUUUUGUUUGUUUUUGUGAAUGCCAUUAGAAAGAGAUAAACCAGCAUAAAAACUAGAUAUCAAAAAGGAAUUCCUUAGCCAAACAAAACAAACUCUUUUGUGAACACUAGCAAAGGUAAUGAACUACUUGAAGACUAAGCUGUUUUUAGAAAGUUAAUUAGAAAUCGUAAACACAGGAAAUAAAAUGUAAUUUUCAUUUGGCUUUUAAUUUAAUUUCACUUAAUUAAUAGUGGUAAAAAAAAUUCUAAACUUGCUGUGAUUUGUGCAAUAGCUUGGGGAUAGUAUAGUAAUAAUCUUUUGGCAAAUACCUUUGCCUUUUUUUUUACAUUUUAAAAUACCUUGUAAAAUAGGCAUGGUAGAUUUUGCAUUCCUAGGGCACUUUUGGUAACUUGAAUUAUUAUUAUUAAUCCCAUAUAUAUAAGAAUAAGUAGUAAAAUUUGCACAUCUCUGGCAGAGUGGAAUAUAAGAAAAGACAUUAUGAAUGUCAUGAUAUAAAAAAAACAGUGUUUUGAUUCACAAUUGGUUUUUAAAUGCUGGAAUUGGAAUUUAAAAAAAAGCUUUGUUCAGAGACUGGUUUGUUGUUACUUGUAUUGCAACAAUUUAUUUAGAGGCCUGCUUGCAGUUUGAUAUGGA